AUGGGGGUGAAGGCAACAAUUCCGGUGGUGGUCGGCAUGAUGCUGCUGACUGGCGUCUCCAAUACCCUCCUCACCAAGUACCAGGACAUGCAGUGCGUGGCCAAUUGUCAGUCUAGCCGGCCUAAGACGUUCGAGCAGCCCGUCAUACAGACGCUACAGAUGUUUAUCGGGGAGUCUGGUUGCUGGCUGGUUGUGCUCUUAUCAUAUCUACUGGGACGACGGAGGAAGGCAGCAGGUGGUACUGCAGCAGAAGAUACGGGGUACCAGUCAGUACGGACAGGGGACGAUGAGCAUAACGAGGAUGAGGAUGAAGAUUUAGAAAACGACCUGUCGUCCUCGCAGACAUUGGUCGACCCUACUAAUGCCAUUGCCAAGCCUUUGAUUGAUGCGGUGGAGAGCGGCAAACAGCGACUACCGCUCACAGGCUGGAAGAUAACGAUGCUCGCCCUACCAGCGGUUUGUGAUAUUCUUGGGACGACGCUCAUGAACGUCGGCUUGCUGUUCGUAGCAGCAUCCAUCUACCAGAUGACAAGAGGAGCCUUGGUACUCUUUGUGGGUCUGUUCAGUGUGAUCUUCCUCAAGAGACAUUUGGGAGGCUGGAAGUGGGCAAGUCUGUUCAUCGUCGUACUUGGUGUGGCUGUUGUGGGCUUGGCAGGAGCUUUAGCGAAUAAGGAAGGCACACCAAAGCUGCCUGGAGACACGAAACCUGGCCACGAAGGAGAGGAUCUCGGACGAUCGGCCAUGAUAUUUUUACGAGAGGCAAUCAGCACGCUGGAGGCACAUACGCCUGCCGAAACUAUCCUGGGCGUGCUCAUGAUAGCAGGGGCACAGAUCUUCACGGCUACACAAUUUGUAGUGGAGGAGAGCAUUAUGGAGAAGUACUCCAUGGAGCCUAUCCAGGUCGUGGGCUGGGAGGGUAUCUUCGGUUGUCUUGUCACAUUGCUUGGCAUGGUUGUGCUGCAUGCUGUGGUUGGGCAGACUCCUGCUGGCCAGGGAGGAUACUUCGAUGCACGGGAAGGCUUCUAUGAGAUCUUCCAUAAUCGUGCCAUCGCUGUUUCGUCGUUGCUGAUCAUGGUCAGCAUUGGUGGCUUCAACUUCUUUGGCCUCAGCGUCACCCGCAGUAUAUCUGCCACUGCCCGCAGCACGAUCGACACCUGCCGAACGCUCUUUAUCUGGCUCGUAUCGCUCGGCCUCGGCUGGGAGACGUUCAAGUGGCUGCAAGUCCUCGGCUUCGUGCUGCUCGUCUAUGGUACAGCCCUAUUCAACGACAUUGUACAGCCACCCACGAUCGCUUUUUUGCGACGACGCAGACAAGGUGUUGCACUGGGCGAAUCACGAAGCUAA